AUGAAAGGGGAAGGGAAGAUGGUGUUCAAGUCUAAGUUGAAGUGGGUUGGCUUAGUUGGGCUAGUUCUUUCUGCUUUCUCUCUCUUCACCCAUUUCCUACUGGCUAGAUAUACAGAUGAGGGUAUUUCAAACUACAAGUCUUCAGUCACAAUCUUCUCUUGGAGACCCAUUUUUGAGAAUGCAGAUCUUUCCACUACGAGUCCAUUGUAUAGAAGGUUAUGGGGUCCUGUACGGCGUCUUGAAUCGAUACAUCCACAUGCGAAUCCCAGAGGAAACUACGCAGAUCCCGCUCGACAAACUAAUGGCUUUCUUUUUGUAAGGAUUCGAGGUGGUUUUCACGAGAUCAGGAACUCGAUUUGCGAUGUUGUUGUGGUUUCUCGUCUUCUCAAUGCUACCUUAGUCAUUCCUGAGCUCCAAUCAACUACAAGCAGCAAGGGAAUCAGCUCAGAGUUCAAGAGUUUUCCUUACCUCUAUGAUGAAGAUCAGUUCAUGGCAGCGUUAAUAAAAGAUGUCAAAAUUGUGAAAACCCUUCCAAAGGAACUCAAAGGAGCAAGGAGAAAGAAAGAAAUCCCUUCGUUUAAAGUGCAUAGCUCGUUGUCUCCUUAUUUUUAUCUGCGCCAUGUUUUGCCAGUAUUAAACAGACAUUCGGUGGUUGAAUUAGUUGUUUCUGAUGGUGGAUGCUUGCAGGCCAUACUUCCUACCCAUCUUGAAGAAUAUCAAAGGCUGAGAUGUAGGGUUGCUUUUCAUGCCCUGAGGCUCCGGCAGGAGGUCCAGGAACUUGCCACCAAAAUUUUGAAUAGGUUGAGGGCUCCUGGAAGGCCAUUUAUAGCAUAUGAUCCAGGGAUGACCAGAGAUGCUCUAGCAUAUUAUGGUUGUGCAGAACUUUUCCAGGACGUACAUACAGAACUCAUUCAGCAUAGACGAUCAUGGAUGAUCAGACGUGGUAUCAUCAAGGGGAAUCUUUCUGUGGAUUCAGCAUUGCAGCGCCUUAAUGGUUCUUGUCCGCUUAUGCCAGAAGAGGUUGGUAUUCUACUUCGUGCAUAUGGUUACUCAUGGGAUACAACAAUUUUUGUGUCUGGGGGAGAGGUCUUUGGUGGCCAGAAGAAUUUGAUUCCACUACAUGCUAUGUUUGAAAAUGUUGUUGACAGGACCUCCCUAAGCACACCAUGGGAGCUAAAUAAAAUAUAUGGUCGUGAGAGUAUCCUUAUUGACAAACAUCCAAGAACUCUGCCUUCUGUUAAGGAAGAACAGAAACAGAAACAUGACGCAUGGAAAACUAAAGGCCCACGUCCUCGCCCCCUUCCACCACCACCCGCACGGCCCAAAUACCCAUAUAAUAUUGAAGGCUGGUGGGGUUGGGUAGCUGAGAGUGACAAUGAGCCUGAGAGUACAGUUAUGGAGUUGAGGACUAACGCCCACAAACUAUUAUGGGAAGCUAUUGACUACGCAAUCUGUGUGGAAGCUGACGUGUUCAUCGCUGGAUUUGAUCAUGAUGGUAAAGGACAUCCAAAUUUUGCAGGCUUGGUAAUGGGGCACAGACUCUAUCAGUCGGCUGCAUCUAAAACAUACAGACCAGACAGGUAAUUUUAGUCAUGAAACCUCUCUUGGCAGUUCUUCUUUGUGCCUUUUUUUCCUCUUGGGUGGGAACUUCUGCACAAACAAAUUUGUGGACCAAGCUCAAUUUACCCCUUUUGUCCUGCAAUCCUGCAUAGCCCUUGCUAUCUCUCUUCAUAAAAGUAAGAACAUCCCAGAACAGUUUAAAGCAGUGAUAAAGAGAUAAAUCAAUGUUAGGGUUUGACCUGAAUCACUCUUUAGCUGCUGUUAAUUAGUUUUGACGCCAAGACUGUUUUGGACUGAAAUGUGAACAUCUACAGCUCAAUCUCAUCCAUCGAUGAAAUGAACAUGCAAAAGAUUGGAUUGACCAGUUGAAGGUCCACAAUUUUAGUGGGACUUUCCUUAUUUCCCC